AUGUCUAAGCAGGACCAGGAUUACAUGCGCCAGUGGGCCAGCGAGCAUGGCAAAGCCGUCAGACAGCUCUCGGUUCGUCAGAACAACACCAAACAUCCAGCAGGGACUCUUCCUCUAAACAUGUAUAGGAAAGAGCUACCUGUUGGCGACCGAGUCACCGAAGAACCCAGUUCAGCUGAUGAUCUUGGUGACCAGCUAUCAGAGUAUGAUUCUGACUCCAGCAACGAAGAAGACAGUGCAACCCACCAAGAAGACGCGGUCGAGGCUGUUCCUGUAAACUUCCUAUCAAAGACAGUGCGAACGCGUACAGGACGACAGAUCACGCUUUCCUAUCGUGCUUUUUCUUCAUACUGA